UGAAAAAGAAAUAAAAGAAAACACGAAUAGACCCACCAAGUGGGGGCCAUAGGAAGAAUAUAGAUUCGUUGUUUGUCUGAUAACCCAGGCAGGCAGCUGAGGCGAGUUGUUGGGCAUGGGGAAUUGCUGCUCCGACGAGGCGGGCGGAAGGACGGCCGUUGGCGGAACCGCCGCUUCUAUGGGAAACCUGAACAACGCUCCCAACGACGCCGUCGGUCACUUCCUCAAGUCUCGCGGCCACGCUCUCUUCUCUCAGAUCGAGUUAUCAUACUCUGCUUCGGACUUGCGCGAUCGAGAUGUGCUCUCCAAGAGCGAUCCCAUGGUAAUUGUUUAUACCAAAGGAAGAGAUGGGGUACUUGAAGAGCUUGGCCGCACUGAAGUAGUUCUAAAUUCGUUGAAUCCCAAGUGGAUUACAAAACAUACCAUCACUUAUCAGUUUCAUAUUGUGCAGACUUUGGUGUUUCAUGUGUAUGAUGUUGACACUCAGUUCCACAAUGUAGAUGUAAAGAUGCUUAAGCUGGAAGAGCAGCAAUUUCUUGGUGAGGGAAGUGGUGUACUGUCUCAGAUAAUCACUAAAUCAGACAGGUCAUUGACCCUAGAUCUUGUACAUAGAGAAGAAUCUAUGGGAUCAAACCGUGCGAGAAACCUUGGAAAGCUUACUGUGCAUGCUGAGGAAUGCAUUAGUUCCAAAACCACAAUGGAGAUGAUAUUUAGGUGUUCGGAUUUGGAAUCUAAGGAUCUCUUCUCAAGAAGUGGCCCCUUUUUGGUAAUAUCAAAAGUUGUGGAAAGUGGGAUCCAAAUUCCAGUUUGCAAAACGGAAGUGAUAAAGGGUGACCUCAAGCCGACUUGGAAGCCAGUAUUUUUGAAUAUUCAACAGGUUGGAAGCAAGGACAAUCCACUAGUAAUAGAGUGUUUUAACUUCAAUAGCAGUGGAAAGCAUGAUUUGAUUGGAGAAGUUCGGAAAUCUUUAGCAGAUUUGGAAAAGCUACAUUCUAGUGGGCAAGGCGAAAAUUUAUUUUUACCAACUUCUGUUGGGCAUAAUUACCAGAACAAGGUACUAAAGAGCCAGCUAUUUGUGGACAAGUUUUCCCAGAGUACAAAACACAGUUUCUUAGAUUAUUUAGCUGGGGGGUGUGAAAUGAAUUUCAUGGUGGCUAUUGAUUUCACUGCUUCAAAUGGAAAUCCCCGCCUCCCUGAUUCCUUACAUUAUAUUGAUCACUCAGGACGGCUAAAUGCAUACCAGAGAGCAAUCGUUGAAGUUGGAGAGGUGUUGCAGUUUUAUGAUUCAGACAAGCGCUUUCCUGCUUGGGGAUUUGGAGCACGACCAAUCGAUGGUCCAGUCUCUCAUUGUUUCAACUUGAACGGUAGUAGUCAUCACAGUGAGGUUGAAGGAAUCCAAGGAAUUAUGAUGGCAUAUACAAGUGCCCUCCUUAACGUUUCUCUUGCAGGGCCUACUCUUUUUGGACCUGUGAUUAGUAAUGCUGCUCUAAUUGCCAGCCACUCUCUUGCAAACAGUGGACGAAAAUACUUUGUUUUGUUAAUAAUCACGGAUGGAGUAGUAACAGAUCUUCAAGAAACCAAAGAUGCCCUUGUGAAAGCGUCUGACCUGCCAUUAUCGAUCCUUAUAGUUGGAGUUGGAGGAGCUGACUUCAAAGAAAUGGAGAUUCUAGAUGCAGAUAAGGGAGAGAGACUUGAAAGCUCAACCGGACGUGUUGCUUCGCGUGAUAUAGUCCAGUUUGUUCCGUUCCGGGAUGUACAGAGUGGAGAGAUUUCAGUUGUUCAAGCACUUCUUGCAGAAUUACCGACGCAAUUUUUAACCUACAUGCGGACCAGAGAAAUCCAACCAAUUUCAUGAGAAUGUAAAGAAUUGUACAUAAUGAAAUCAAAUUUUCUAUAAUUGGUUCACCUUCGUUUCGGCCACCUUGGUUUUUCAGGUUUUUAAUGGGUGGCCUCAUUAGAGGGGGUAUAUUCUAUCGCAUCAUCACAUCUGCUCCAAAGAUUCAUUACAAAGCCCUUUUGUCCGUUAGCUGUAGACGGCUGCACAUUCCUUAGUCAAAUUAUAGAGGCUUGUCUACAGAAACUACUGGCUUGACCGCUCAAAGGCUCAAAGCAGUUCCUUUUUUUUCUGGGUUGGAACCUCAAAAUAAGCGUAGUUGAGCAACAAUUGUAUCUUUCCAAGACACUACUUGAAUGAUAAUGGAGAAGAAUGAGUUUUAGAAUGCA